AUGUCGGCCGCCACAGAUAAAGCUCGCUUUUUCCUCGAGCAGUCAGUGCCCGAGCUAAAAGAUUAUGAGCGCAAGAAGAUUUUCAACAAGGAUGAAAUUGCCUCGAUCGUCAAGAAACGGUCGGAUUUCGAGCACAAACUCAAUGCGCGUGGCGCGCAGCCCGUCGACUUUGUGCGAUAUGUCCAAUAUGAGAUGAACCUCGACUCACUCACCAGAAAACGAACAAAACGACUCGGUAUUCGCACCGCUGGGCACAGUGGUCAACGGCGAAUUUUCUUCAUCCUCGACCGGGCCACCCGCAAGUUCCAUGGCGACCUCAACCUCUGGAUUCAAUACAUUGAUUAUACACGGAAGCAGAAGGCGCACAAGAAGCUUUCUAUGAUCUUCACGGACGCCCUUCGAUUGCACCCAACCAGCGCCGAGCUCUGGGUGUAUGCCGCCAAAUAUUCUCUUGACGACCAUGCGGAUAUGUUACAGGCUCGGAGUUAUAUGCAGCGAGGCUUACGGUUUUGCAAGAGCGCUAAGGUGUUGUGGAUUCAAUACGCCAAAUUGGAAUUGAUCUAUGUCGCCAAGCUGGUGGCACGUCAACGGAUAUUGGGACUCGACGAGGCUAGCCAACGGCCUAAACCUAUUGAAGAUAAAGAACUCGACACUGACGCCGACAUGAUCGCGUUGCCGUCGAUCACGGGCGAGGACAUUAACCCCAGUGGGGGCGAUGACAAGGCCGUCGAGGAGGCCUUGGAAAACCUCAAUUCCACACCGGCAUUAACUGGUGCCAUCCCACUCGCCAUCUUCGACGCUGCGAUGAAGCAUUUCAACAACGAUGAUCGAUUCGGGUUCGACUUUUAUGAGAUGGUCUCCGAGUUUCACGAUGCGCCGUGUCUGCGCAAGAUCCUUGACCACGUGGUGGAGACGAUGCGGGCGCACCAGCCUACAAGCCCUCGUACCCAGAUUUGUUACAUCAAGUUCCCAACUGCGGGUCUUUCCGUCACAUCGGCCGAAUUUCCACGGGCCUUUGGUGGCUCUCUUACCCGUUUGAAAGAGACACACCUGGGCAGCGCGUUGGCGGGCGAGGUCGUGAAUUGGCUGCAGUCCAUUGUCGAAACGGAGGACUUGGAUCCCUCACUGAAGAAGGUUAUUGUGGCGACCAUGCGCAAUGCGGAACGUGUUGCAGCCCAGGAGUAA